GGGCACAGGAGCAUUGCUUGCGGGAUAUUUUAAAAGGGCACGGAACAAAGGUUACGUGAAACACACUCGGUGCUUGGGAGAAGCUCGGACCGUCAAUAAAGAUGGGCACUGCAGGAAAAGUUAUAAAAUGUAAGGCUGCGGUUGCCUGGGAACCAAAUAAACCUCUGUCUAUUGAGGAAAUUGAGGUUGCUCCUCCAAAAGCUCAUGAAGUUAGAAUAAAGAUUUUGGCUUCUGGUGUUUGUGGAACAGACAGUAGCGCACUCAGCACAGUCCUCGGUGAUACUAAGUUUCCGGUGAUUUUGGGUCAUGAAGCUGUUGGUAUUGUGGAGAGCAUAGGGAAAGGAGUGACUGAGGUAAAACCAGGUGACAAGGUCAUCCCGCUUUUUGUUCCUCAGUGUGGAGUUUGUAGGAGCUGCAAGAGUCCAAACAGCAACCUUUGUCAUAGAAAUGAUAUGACUAAAAAAACAGGUUUGAUGGAGGACAACACUACAAGGUUUACCUGUAAAGGCAAACCAAUUCACAACUUUUUCUGCACAAGCACUUUCACUGAAUACACUGUUGUGUCUGAAUUAUGUAUUGCCAAAGUGGGCCCCCAAACCCCCAAUGAAGCCUGUCUUAUUGGCUGUGGAUUUGGAACAGGAUAUGGGGCAGCUAUUAACACUGCAAAGGUGACACCAGGUUCUACUUGCGCUGUGUUUGGAUUAGGUGGUGUUGGACUUUCAACCAUAAUUGGCUGCAAGAUGGCUGGAGCUAGCCGUAUCAUUGGGGUUGGAUCCCAUAAAGAUAAAUUUCCAAAAGCCAUAGAAAUAGGAGCAACUGAGUGUAUAAAUCCAAAGGAUUAUGAUAAACCCAUCCAAGAGGUCAUUGCAGAUAUGACUGAUGGAGGUGUGGAUUAUGCCUUUGAAUGUGCUGGACGUAUUGAAACAAUGAUGGCUGCUCUUCAAUCUACCUACUUUGGAUCAGGAGUCACUGUGGUGCUUGGAGUGACAGCUCCAACUGAAAGACUCUCAUUGGAUCCCCUCCUGCUGCUCACUGGUCGAUCCUUGAAAGGGUCUAUAUUUGGAGGUAUUGCUUUAAAAGUCUCUAAUAUCCAGGGUGGGCUGGAACUGAUGGCUAAGAAAUUCAAUCUUGAUUACCUGGUGAGCCAAAGUAUUCCAUUAGAGAAGAUCAAUGAAGCAUUUGCAUUACUGAAAAGUGGUACUGGUGUUCGCACCAUUGUGCUGUUCUAAUACAAGAACAGAGAUAAAUCGAAUGCUUUCCAGUGAAACCUUGCGGAUUGUUUACCUUAUCUACUUUAGAGAAAUCUAAAAUGUUUAGUUUAUGAUAGCUUUAUGUCUUACAUUUAAGCCUGAGACAUGGUGGAAAAUACGCUUUCUAAUCUAAGAUUAGGUAAUGCAGUCUAUAUUUACAAUGAAGUAGUUAUAGAAACAUUUUAGUUAUAAAAACAAUUUUUGUUGAAUAGGAUUGUGACUCCAAUGUCCUGUGCUGUUUGAUAUUAAAAUAUUAGCAUUUCAUGUAAUAAAGGUAAAUAUGCAAUUAA